AAACUACAAGAAACAAAAAUUUAUUUGCCUUUACGAUUAUAGAUCAUAAAAAAAUAGCGUUCAUAUUUUGAUAGCAAUCUGGUUGGAAAGCGCAUUCUUUGUUCUCACUCGCUGCGCUUCUCACUCGCUGCAAUUCGAUUGUUAGUGAAAAUGGAUGGAGGUGAUCGUUCCAGUUUUAUUGUAGGAAUAAUUGAGAACAGAGCUAAGGAGGUCGGUUUAGCAGCAUUUGAUUUGAGGACCGCCGCACUUCAUCUUUCACAGUUUAUCGAAACAAGCCAUUCGUAUCAGAAUACGAAAACACUGUUGUAUUAUUAUGAUCCGACGGAUAUAAUUGUUCCUCAAAUCAAGAUGGCUCCGGAUGGGAUGGCUGGAGUGUCUGCUCUUGUCGAUAGCUCUUACAGUCUGACAAACAAGGUAAUACUAGCGCGAGGUUGCUUUGAUGACACAAAGGGAGCUAUGUUGGUGAAGAACCUGGCUGUGAAGGAGUCUUCAGCAUUGAUUUUGGAUACUUAUUACAAACAAUACUACCUUGGCCUUGCAGCAGCAGCUGCUACUAUCAAAUGGGUGGAAUCUGAAAAAGGCAUUUCUAUAACAAACCACUCAGUAUUGAUAACUUUUAAUGGAUCCUUUGAUCAUAUGAGUAUUGAUACCACAAGUGUACAGAACCUGGAAUUAAUUGAGCCUUUAGCUUCUAUUCCUGGUCUUCCAAGCAACAAAAAGAACAGCCUUUUUCACACGCUCAACUCUACAAAAACUGUUGGAGGGUCAAGGCUUCUUAGAGCUAAUCUUCUGCAACCAUUGAAGGAUAUUGAGACUAUAAAUGCUCGACUUGAUUGUUUGGAUGAACUUACAAGCAAUGAGAACCUCUUCUUUGGGUUGUCUCAAGUACUGCAGAAAAUUCCAAAAGACAUUGAUCGGGUACUUUGCCACUUUUGCUUCAAACCAAAGAAGUUAUCUGUUGAGUCUUCAAAAUGUACCAGUGGAAGGAGGAGUCAGAUGAUUGUGGCUAGUGUUGUUCUUCUAAAAGAAGCUCUAGAAGCCUUGCCUUUGCUUUCAGAGGUUUUGAAGAAUGCUAAAAGCUUCCUUCUCUGCAAGAUACACAAAUCAAUUUGUGAAAAUGAAACGUACGGCCUUAUUAAAACUAGGAUAGAAGAGGUCAUUGAUGCAGAUGUCUGUCAUGCAAGAGCACCUUUUGUCAUGCGCACACAACAAUGUUUUGCUGUGAAGUCUGGAUUAGAUGGAUUUCUUGAUGUAGCAAGAAAAUCCUUUUGUGAUACAAGUGAAGCUAUACAUGCUCUCGCAAAAAAAUACCGUGAAGAUAUGAAUUUGCCAAAUUUGAAGAUCCCAUUUAACAAUCGACAAGGUUUCUAUAUGAGUAUGCCAGAGAAGGAUUUGCCAGAAGGGGGUUUGCCUAAGAUAUUUAUUCAGGUUACCAAACAAGGGAAAAACAUACAUUGUUCUACUCAACAAUUGAUUUCGCUAAAUAUUAGGAACAAGUCAGCUGCCACAGAAUGUUACAUAAGAACCGAGCGCUGUUUGGAAGGAUUAAUUGAUUCUGUAAGGGAAGACAUCUUUUUCCUUAUUCUUCUUUCAGAAUCUUUGUGUCUCCUGGACAUGAUUGUAAAUUCUUUUGCCCAUAUGAUAUUGAGUAAACCUGUUGACCACUACACACGACCUGAGUUCACAGAAAAUGGCCCAAUGGCAAUAGAGGCAGGAAGGCACCCUGUUAUUGAAUGUAUUCGCCCUGGAGGAUUUGUUGCAAACAAUACUUUCCUAUCAGAAGCUUCCAAUAUGGUUAUUAUCAUGGGACCGAACAUGAGUGGAAAGAGCACUUUUCUUAAGCAAGUUUGCCUUAUAGUGAUCCUUGCUCAAAUUGGUUGCUAUGUUCCUGCUCAUUUUGCCACAUUUAGAGUUGUGGAUCGUUUGUUUACUCGUAUAGGAACUGGAGACAAUCUGGAGACCAAUUCUAGCACGUUUAUGACAGAGAUGAAGGAAACUGCUUUCAUUGUGCAAAAUGUUUCUCCUCGGAGCCUAAUUGUGAUUGAUGAACUUGGUCGAGCCACUUCUUCAUUAGAUGGUCUAGCCAUUGCAUGGAGUUGUUGUGAAUAUCUACUGUCACUUCAAGCGUAUACAAUAUUUGCAACACACAUGGAGCGUCUUGCUGAUUUGGCAAGUAUGUAUCCAAAUGUCAAAGUCUGUCAUUUUCAAGUGGAUGUCAAAGCCAAUAGAAUGGACUUCAAGUUUGCUCUUAAAGGUCUUAGUAAUGUCCCUCACUACGGUCUGCUGCUAGCCAGUGUUGCUGGGCUGCCAAACUCAGUUGUUGAAGAAGCUAAGUGUGUUACACAGAAGAUAAUGGAGGAGGAAAGAAGUUACCUGCAACUCAAUCAUAAGCAAUAUCUUCCACUACGAAAGGAGUACCAUGUUGCACAAAAAGUUCUAUGUUUGAAAUAUGCAAACAUGAGCGAGGAAGACCUCCGUAGUUCCCUGCAAACUCUGAAGGAAAGUUUCAUAGAUGGGCGAAUAUAGUGAGCUUAACACAGUGACCUAAUAGAAGCUCCUUUACCUUGACUAUGACUUUCGUGAUGGAUUGACACUCUAUUUCGCCUUCAUUCCAUAAUACUUGAUGUUUUUCUUUGCUCAACUUUUUCAGAAAAGUUUUGUAAUUGGUUCAGCUUUAUCUAUUUUUUGUAAUACUUGUACUGUAAUUUGAAUUGUGCUUUAUUGGUGAACCUAACUUACUGUUCUACAACGAUCAGAUACACAACUAAAAUGAACAAGUUAUAAGUUCAUCAUCUAAUAGUCUUGAUUCCAUGACUCUUAACAAUUUUUAAUUGCAUGUGGUCAUAGAACAGUUUAACAUUUUUCUCUUUUGGUUAACCAUACUAGGAUGUUACCAUCCUCGAUUGAGUACAAAAUCAAGUGUUAGGAUAAAAAAGAGGAAAUUAGAGGUUUUCUGAACAUAAGCAUCAUCUAAUUGCUCCAGCACAACACUAUUUCAGAUUUUUCUCUA